AUGUCCGCCCCCGGCGGCGGCGGCGGCGGCGGCCGGCGCCCCUCCGCGUCCCGCUCCUCCCGCCGCGCCGCGCCGGAGCCCAACGAGAACGACGACCUGGCGGCCGCGCCCUCCUCGUCCUCCCCCUCGGCGGCCGCCCCGCCCUUCUCGCUGCCCCCGCGGUCGCCCCUCGCGGCCAUCGCCGACCCGGGCAGGAACCCGCGGUCCGCACCGGGGACGCCCAAGUCGCUGGCGAGCACCCCCAGGGCCUGCGCGCCGGCGUCUGGGGCCAGGGAUCGGAGCUCCUCGAUUGGCGGGGCCGCGAAGAGGGUGUUUGAUCUGAGGGAUCUGGCGGCCACGGAAGUGCCCGUGGAGGUGCCGCAUUUUGAGCUCGACGAGGACCCCGCCUUCUGGAUGGAUCGCAAUGUGCAGGUUUUGGUACGGUUAAGGCCAAUCAGUGCUGCCGAGAGCACUGCGUAUGGUCAAAAAAGAUGUUUUAUACAGGAUAGCUCAAAGACAUUGAGCUGGACAGGACACCCUGAAACAAAGUUCACGUUUGAUCAUGUCGCAUGUGAAACAAUAUCACAGGAAAAGCUGUUUAGGGUAGUUGGUCUACCAAUGGUGGAGAACUGCAUGUCUGGAUACAACGGCUGUUUGUUUGCCUAUGGCCAGACAGGGAGUGGCAAAACUUACACAAUGAUGGGAGAGCUUAGUAAGGAUGGCAAUGAACUUAGCAAUGAUUCUGGUUUGACGCCUCGUAUUUUCGAGUAUCUAUUCGCUCGGAUAAAGGAGGAAGAGGAAAGGCGAAGAGAGGACAAAUUGAAGUACAUCUGCAAAUGCUCUUUUCUGGAGAUAUACAAUGAGCAGAUAACUGAUCUACUUGAACCAUCAUCAACAAAUCUUCAGAUCCGUGAAGAUAUAAAGAAAGGUGUAUAUGUUGAGAACCUAAUGGAGUGUUAUGUGUCAUCUGUUAAAGAUGUUAUGUUGUUAUUAUUACAGGGGGUUGCAAAUAGGAAAAUGGCAGCUACAAAUAUGAAUAGUGAGAGCAGCCGUUCACAUAGCGUCUUCACUUGCGUCAUUGAGAGUCACUGGGAAAGGGAUUCAAUGACGCACCUCCGCUUUGGGCGUUUGAAUUUGGUUGAUCUUGCUGGUUCUGAGAGGCAGAAAAGCUCGGGCGCUGAAGGAGACCGCUUGAAAGAAGCUGCGAACAUUAACAGAUCCUUGUCAACUCUUGGGCUUGUUAUCAUGACUCUAGUGGAUGUCGCAAAUGGAAAAAGCCGCCAUGUGCCUUAUAGAGACUCAAGGCUUACAUUUCUCCUCCAGGAUUCCCUUGGAGGAAACUCUAAAACAACAAUUGUUGCCAACAUCAGCCCGUCUAUUUGUUCCUCCAAUGAGACACUGAGUACCUUGAAGUUUGCUCAGCGCGCGAAGUUGAUUCAAAACAAUGCAAAAGUAAAUGAAGAUGCUUCAGGAGAUGUUAUGGCUUUACAAAGGCAGAUAGAAGAACUAAAGGAUCAGUUGACAUGCUUGAGGAAGCAGCAAAAUGCCCCUGGAUCGCCUAGCUUUCUCCUGCUAAAUUCAGGCUCUGAUAGAGAAUACAAUACUUUAGCUGAAGAUCAUCAAUCAAGCUGUGACCUGAGUCUUCUAAAGCAAAAGGUUAGCCAUCUGGAAGAUGUUCUUGCUGGGAGCCUUAGGAGAGAGAAACUAGCUGAGGUGGAUAUCAGGAAGCUGGAGGCUGAAAUAAAGCAUUUGAAUCGUCUGGUUGACCUGAAGGAAUCUGAUUCCCAACGCUUGAGAAUGAUGCUGAAACUUCGUGACGAAAAAUUAAAAAGAUUGCAUAUGUUAGCUGAUGAUCUAGUGCCAUCGGAUGGCUAUAUGGUUGAAGAAAAUGCUGCAAUGUCCCAAGAGAUUCAGCUACUGCAAAAACAAUUUGACGAAAAUCCUCAACUGACUCAGUUUGCUUUUGAAAACAAGAGAUUAAUCGAGCAAGUUAGAACGCUUGAGAACUUCCACAAGCAAGGGGAAAGAGAGAUGUUAUUAACGGAGAUAUCUCUUUUGCGUAAUCAUUUCCUUCAUAUUCUUGAGCAGAAGUAUGCAGCACCUCCUAGGAAUUUAGAAGCACAGGGUGACGAGAUUGUCAAGGAUCUAGACAAUUGCAGGAAGGAGCUGGAUGCAUGCUUAGAAAAUAAUGUUUUGCUUGCACGUGAAGUAAAUAAGCUGCGCUGUGAACUGAAACAAUACCAGAUGUCUAGCACGCACCAAGUUGCUCCGACGGCAGAGAAGAAUUGUGGGAUUCCAGAGAUCAGUCAGAUACAACCCGAUCCAGUGGGAUGGAACUUUUCAUGUUUAACGCCCAAUGGUGCUGGAAUGUCAACUGAUAUUACGGAAUCAGUUCAACUCAAUCUUCCUUCAGAAAUUGCUAGUGGACACCAGGAAUCCUGUUCUCAUUUGUAUCAUUUCGAUUCAGAAAGAUGUGAUUUGAAUGAUUCUACAAAAGUGCCAGAGUGUAGUGAUGAAGUGUCUCAGUGCUACAGCUUGGCUCUUGGAUCUUCACAUAAUGUACUUGACAAAGACACUGUUCUUAGUGGACACGUAGAAGAUGAAGAAACAUUGCAAUUACAGCAGGAUGAGAUGGAUCAAAUACAUGAAAACGUACCAAAUAUGGGUAUAUGUUUGCAUGGUGAGACUUCAUUGUGUCAUCAAGAGACUGAAAUAGUGGGCUCAAGCAAACAGACAUUACAGGCCGAGUUGGCGCACAUUAAAAGCAUAAAUCAAGAGCUCAAAGAGAAGCUAGUUAUUAUGGUUGAAGAAAGUGCCAGGCUUGCAGAGAUCAUUGUGGCCAAAGAUGUAGAAAUUGCCUCUUUAUCUGAGGAAUGGGAGGUUGCAAUAGUUGAUCUAACAAGCUUCUUGACAGAUGGCUGCAGAUCACUAGACGAUGCAUAUCAGAAUAUUGAUAACAUGAUUAGUUCAUUUCCUUACAGCAAUAAUUCUGUCAGCGAACAUGUGGAGAAGGCUAUGAAAGUUAGCAUUGAAAAGGAAAAAAUAAUCUUCAGGCUUCAAAUUGAGCUACAAGAUGCACAGCGAAUGGGCAGGGAAGUGAAAGAAAAGUUGCACAUCUUAAGAGGUGCAACACUUGCUAUCACUGAAGCUCAGCAAUUAUAUAAUGAUGCAAGUUCUCAGGAAGCAGAACGAGUAAACCAAAAGGAUUGCAAUGUGGAAUGGAAAAAUUGUGACUUGUCAGAAGCAGCAGAGCAUUCUCGUGAUGAACCUCUAUUCCUCGACAGCUUGAAUGACACGAGUGCACAGCGGACUCGUAGUGAAGAUGGAUCAGCAGUCAACAAAGCUAAUCCAGACUACCAGGCCAAUGAGGAGUUAAAGCUUGACAGAGAUAAUUGCCGCCAAGCAGUGGAAUCUUUAUUGGCGGAGAAAAGUUCUCUGGUCAAUGAGUUGCAGGAGGUUGAAGCGUCAAGUUUUUGUACAGCACAGAGUUACAACAAAUUAAAUCAGCAGAUGAAUGAAUGUACCAACGAGAUGACAAACAUUGCUACUCUAAUGAAGGGAUCUUUUCACCAUUUGCAAAGGAUUGCUACAAUGGAACUCUUUGAACUUUGCUCUGAAAUUAUUAAUAUUGGGCAGGACUUAAAGAGGUGGAUAAGUGAUUCAAGAUCUUAUCUGGUAAACAUUGAAUCACUUUUAGAAGAAAGAGGCAGUUCUUUAGUUCAGCAGCUCCAUCACCUUAAUGUGAAUGCUUAUACAUGCAUGUGUCAACAAGUUGAUUCAUGUGACCUGGGUGGCAGCAAUACUAUGUUUCUUCAUGAAACUCAAGCAAUCCCUGACAACUCUAGGAAGCAUAUUAUAUCUAUAACAGAUAUGGUGGAUGAAGGAAAGGACACGUCAUCCAUGCAUGUAGUUCCAAUGGGCAGUGCUGCUGAACUGGAAGUUUUUGAUGCAGACAGUGCAGACGAUAUGGCUGUUAUUAAGGACAUAAUUUUCAGUAUUGCUCAAAAGUGGGAUAUUUUCGUCAACAAAGUGUCCUGCAUUAAGAAUGCUGAGACAUAUCCAGGUGUUGCUUGUGAUGAACAAAGUUAUGCAAACCCUCUUGCUGCACUUGCAAAAUUAGAUAGCGAACAAAUACACUCAGCUGUUCCACAGCAAUGCAAGGAAAGCAUAGAAGAUCACUCAGGAGAGGAAGACAAUACUGCUCUUUUGAAUGAUGUUCAGUGUCUCAAGCAUCAUUUGGCGCAGUUAAUGAUUCCACUGUCUAAAUUUAUCAAUAAAGAAGACCUUAUGGGGGAUGGAACAGAAAAUGAGAAACAGUUUGUUACUGUUCUGAAUAAGGUGCAAGAUAAUUUGAUUUUUGCUAUAGAUUUUUUUGGUUAUCUGUUACUAUCUGAGCAAGAAGGUUCUCAGAAUGCACCUUUGCUUAGCAGACUCCUUAAUGACAUUAGUACUAUUGAGAAGAAAGCUUUGACAUGUCAGAAAAUAUGCUUACGGGAUGGUGAUUCUCAGGCUGGUCACAGUACAGAGUACGCAUCACUAAGAAGAGACUUUGAGAGGAAAAGUGAUAUCGCUGAAGGAUUGUCUUUUGACUUGAAAUUAUUGCAAGAGUCUACCUCAUAUGCGAAGGACAUGAAAGAUAAAGCUGAUGAAGUGUCGAAUGCCCUUAGAAAGGUUCAACGAGAACUUGAGAUUAAAAAUUCUGAGACAGAAGACAUGUUGGCAAAACAGAAGACACUAGUGGAAGAACUGGCUGAAAAUGGUGCUGCACUCAUUGUUUUAAGAUCAGAGUUAGAGCAAUCUCAACUUUCAUCAUCUGCGCUAUCAAAGGAGAACAAUGAUCUGAGAGUGAUGCUGGAAGAGGAAACUGUGAAGACCAGUGAAAUAGUAGCUCUGUUGGAAGACAAAGCUAAGGUCAUAGAGGGAUUGGAGAGUGAAAUUAUAUUGCUUAAUUCUUCUGAAGAGGGACGUCUUAGGUCAGAUAUUGAAGAACUAAGUAAUAAUAUCAAAAUGUUAUGUAAUGAAAAUGGAAAGCUCAAAGCAGAGAUACUCAAGUUAAAUGACAAGCUUGAGAUGUCAAUGGCUUUAGCUGAGGAGAAUGAAGCUGCUGCUAUUGAAGCUCGGCAAGCUGCAGAGAUAAGUAAAAUCUACGCGGAAGAGAAAGAUGAGGAGGUUACAAUUCUUGAACAUUCUGUUGGGGAACUUGAAUCUACAAUAACUGUUCUUGAGGAAGAGGUACGCAACCUUAAAGAGGAAGUAAGGAGCAACCAAGCGCACAAACAAUCCGAAGCUGAAUUUCAAGCAAUUGAAGAGAUGCUUACUGUAGAAAAUGCCUCAAAAUGUGAUGACAAUGUGGAACUGUGUCCAGGGAGAUGCCAACUAAAAAAGAGAUUGCGAGCUGAGAUUAUUGCACAUCAAGAUACUAGAAGGAAGAUUGAAGGACUCGUAAUGGAAGUAAAACGUAAAGAUGAGGAGCUAAGGCAGUGCAAAGAGCAUAUAGCUGAGCUGGUCCUGCAUUCAGAAGCACAAUCAUUGCUGUUUCAGGAGAAGUAUCAGGAAAUGGAGCACAUGGUUUCUAAACAGAACUUUGGUUCACAUGAAUCUAAUUCUGAGGCUGUCCAUACAAAAGUGGAAAAGCCUUCAGGGCGAACAAGAGGAUCUGGUUCACCUUUUAGGUGCAUAUCUAGCAUUGUUCAACAAAUGAACUCUGAGAAGGAUCAAGAAAUCUCUUUGGGCCGCCAGCGAAUUGAAGAACUUGAAGCGUUGCUUAGCGACAAACAGAAACAGAUAUGCCUGCUUACGUCAAGACUGGCAGCAGUGGAUAGCAUGACACAUGAUGUUAUAAGGGAGCUACUUGGCGUCAAAUUAGACAUGACAAACUAUGCUAAUUUGCUUGACCAAGAAGAAGUGCACAAGCUGUUAGUAGCAUCCCAGGAACAAAUCGAACAAUCGAAGGCGAAGGACGAGGAACUUGACGUCCUCAAAGAACAAUUCGGCCAUCUCAUUCAAGAAAGGGACAGCUUGCUUGAUGACAUGGACCAAAGGAAGGCGGACCUGCUGGAGACCCAGCUGCUCGUGGAACAGCUCGAACAGCGGGAGCAGAUGCUCGAGGCCCAGAACGAAAUGCUACAGAUGGAGAAAGACAACCUCCAGCAGAGGAUGAUGGAGAUGGACGAGACGAUCGAGCUGCUAGAAGGCUCAAAUCGAGUCAGAAUAGGAGAUAGCCAUAGCCAGCGUUCGGCCGGCAGCGAGUUCAGCAGGAGGCUGGCGCAGUCGGACAUGCUGGUGUCCCACGCGCGGCACGAGCGCUCCCGUAAUAACCGCGCGGCGGCCGCAGGGAGCUCGCGGCCGCGGCACGGCAGGCACCAUUGA